AGUGUUCGAGCGGUGUCGCGUGUCAAGUCGGCACCGAAGAAGUUCCCGACGACGCUGACGAUACGUGGAAGUGCCCCGAUUUGUGUAUAGUUUAUUGUCAUUCUGGUUCGCUGAGUGAGUUGGUGACAGGGACGAUACGUGGGAAGUGUCGGUCGUGUGUUCUUCAACAUGUUGGGCUCAUUCGGCGCGGUCGCGUCCAACUUGAAGCCUAGUGCUUCCCCGAGAGCUGACACGUUCGUGUUCAAGCUGCACUAUAAGAUCACGGUUGCAAUCCUGAUCGCUGCUAUGUUGCUCAACUGCAUGACGAACUUCAUCGGGAACCCCAUCAAUUGCAUGUUGGGCGGUUCAAAGAUUCCGGAGCAAACCAUAAAUAUGUACUGCUGGAUUUCGUCUACCUUCUCAAUCCCCAUGUAUUGGACUGCGAAGGUUGGCGAGGGUGCACCUCACCCGGGUCUAGGGAACCCGACUGACUACGAUACCCACUACCACGCAUACUACCAAUGGGUGCCAUUCUUUCUGUUCCUGCAAGCGUUGCUGUUCUACGGACCCCACUACAUUUGGCGUCUUGUUGACAAUGGAAAAAUGAAGUGCAUUGUGCAGGGCCUAGAUAGCACGUCAAUGAUCCUGAAGGAGGAAGAAAGGAAGAAAAAGGAGAAGAUAUUGGGUGACUAUUUCAUCCAGAAUCUUCAUGGACACAAUUCCUGGAGUUUCAAGUUUGUCUUCUGCGAAAUCCUCAACUUUGUCAACGUCAUUGGCAAUAUUUACUUCACUGACAAAUUUCUCGGCUAUCAGUUCACAACUUACGGAUCUGAAGCCGUCAGUUUUUUGCGGCAACCCCUGGAAUCCCGAGUUGAUCCCAUGGUUAAAGUCUUCCCAAGGGUGACCAAGUGUACAUUCCACAUGUACGGACCUUCAGGCAGCAUCCAGCAACACGACGCGCUUUGUGUUCUCGCCCUGAACAUCAUCAAUGAGAAGAUCUUCCUGUUCAUCUGGUUCUGGUUCGUGAUCCUGGCCGUCAUCACGGGUUUGCAGCUUGUGCACCGAUUUGCCACCCUGGGAAGCCCCUUGUUUCGCCAUUCUCUCUUGUCUCGUCGUGCUCGGUUCAACACCAAGAGCGAAGUUGAUGCAGUGAUUCGCAAGUGUCAGUUCGGCGAUUGGUUCCUCUUGUCGAGUCUCGAUCGGAACCUCAAUUCCUUCGUAUUUUCGGAAUUCAUGUCUGACUUGGCCCUCGAGCUCGACACAGGCUCCAGCAACAACAUGGAAAUGGCUCCGCUCAAUCCGUCUGCGCCUGAAUACUCACUUGCCUCCAUUCCGGACAAGGAAAAGUUUUGCUGAAGGCAGACGAGUUUUCUUGUACCGUAUUUGCCCCUUGUAUAAUUUUCUUUCUUUUUUGUGUGUAUAAGUGUUGAGCGUUGAAUUAGUCUUUCACAAACAGAGGCUGCGAUUCUUAUUUUUGUUCUCUCCUCUUGGUGAAAUAUCACGUCUUGGCUUAUUAUUGUUUUCUUUUACAAUGCGACUGUAUGUAAAGAGCUUGUGUUCAGGAACACGUCUAUAGAAUUUUGGUGAGGAAUUAGAAAUCUGGGUGAGAAUUUUUGAACAGGAAAAUGAGUGGGAGAAAAUAAAAGUUUGGUUUUCAGAGGUACAA